CCCAGAUUCUCCGGCUUAUCUUCCUCCCCGCUUGGGUGGAUACCGUCAGCAUCGAGCGUUGACGUCGGCGCCCCCAACCUGCCCGUACCUCAAAUUUCAAUGCGUGUGCCUUUUUUUUGUGUAAAUACCCUUGCCUGCACAACCCGAGUUGGGUGGACGGUUAUAUCCGCCCGCCAUCUCGGUGUAUCAAAACUCCUAGUUUCCGGGUACAGCGCAGGCAAAUUGUAUUCUACCAUACCAGCAAUACCGGAAUUGCAAUCUAUAGCUCGCAUUGCGUAUCCAGCCUUGAGGACUGUUAUAAACACCAUGAUCCCGUCCCUCGUUCCCGAGAUGGCCAGAGACUUUGCUGCCUCCUCAUCCUCACCCUCCUCCAUCCAGAUCAAUCCUCUCAGUUUCCGUCCCGAUAAUCAAUCAUGAAGUUCAGCAUCCUCCUCAGCAGCAGUCUGUUCUUUGCCGUGUCCUUGGCUGUCCCUGGUAGUCAAGGAAAGGGUAAGGAACGUGCGGACUUCGCACAGGUUGGAUUUUCCCAGGAGAAUGGCGGCACUACUGGUGGUAAGGGCGGUGCUACUGUCACCGUCUCCACUGGCCCUGCCUUGGUCACUGCCGUAGCUGGACACGCACCGAAGAUUGUCUACGUCAAGGGAAGCCUUGUGAUGUCUGAGCGUGCCAAGGUUGGAAACAACACUUCCAUCCUUGGUCUCGGAAAGGAUGCUGCGAUCGAUGGCUUCGGACUGCAGAUUGACAAGGCCUCGAACAUCAUUGUCCGCAACUUGGGUAUCCACCACUGCAUUGACACCGAUGCCAUCUCGGCCACCUACAGCAACAACAUCUGGAUCGAUCACAACGAGUUCUGGAGCGAGCGGUCGAAGGGCUUCGACUACUACGACGGCCUGGUCGACGUAACCAAGGGCAGCGAUUUCGUCACCGUCUCCUGGAACUACUUCCACACCCACUGGAAGACGUCCCUCGUCGGCGGCGACCCCGAGGCGGGCGCCACCGAGUCCGGAAAGUACCACAUCACCUACCACAACAACUACUGGCGUGAUCUGAGCACACGUACACCCGCCCUGCGGUUCUCGACCGCCCAUGUGUUCAACAACUACUACUACAACAUUACUGCCCAAGGAAUCCACCCCCGCUCCGGCGCGCAGGUGAUGAUCGAGGGCAACGUUUUCCGCGACGUAGCCGACGCAAUCACCACCUACGGCAAGGUCAUCCCCGCCGACUCGCCCAACAGCAGCCCCGACGGCGACUACGAGCCCGAUGGCUUCGCCAAUGUCCUACCCGACAACAUCUUCCACAACGCACCGACAAAUAUCACGCAGGUCGGAACCAUGAAGAGCGUGCCGUACAAGUACAGGCACAUCUACAAGCCCGCGAAGCAGGUGAAGGAGGCGGUCCUUGCCGGCGCCGGAAGGGGAAAGAUCUAA